AUGGACCCUGACAAGCUCUCCAUCCUGAAGAACCAAUUGUACGAUGCCUGCGUUCAGAAGCUCGACGGAGAUGACGACAAGGCUUGGCAAAAGGUCUUUUCCCAGGAGGACCUCCAGAAUAUGGAUGUCAUUCCUCCAAAGGACCUCAAGACCCUGGCCCUCGUCAUCAAGGAAUUGACGGACGAGUUUCUCUUCAUCACCAUCAGUACUACAUAUGGUGCGGCAUGGCGACUACGACCUGAAUCCGAAGCCAUUAAAUACCAUGGCCUCACCCAGGAUCAGAACGUCAUCUACUCCCUGAUCGAUAAUGCCGGGGCUGAGGGCAUAUGGCAGCAGGAUAUGCGAAAACGGACAAACAUGCGAGACGCUAUUCUUAGGAAGGUGCUUAAGGAGCUUGAAUCCCAGAAGUUGAUUGUUAGUUUCACAUCGGUUCAGGCGGCAAGCCAUCGUUGUUAUAUCAAAGCCAGCAUCAAGCCCAGCGACAAGGCCACCGGCGGCCCCUGGUUCGCCGAUGGAGAUUUGGACGAGUCCUUUAUCGAGAUGUUGCUCGCCGUCACGCACAACCUCAUCAAAACGUCAGGCACGUACCUCAGCUUGCGAGGCGAGGCUACCCGGAGUGCUAGCUCCAGCCCGGUUCUGCCCAAAAAGGUUAUCAACGGCAGCCAGAGCGAAGCAGCGCUGGCCGCACGAGGCAAGAAGCGAGCCGCUGAUGACAUGGCGGCUGACGAUGAUCCCUUUGGCGACUCUCCUACCAAGUCACGAAAGAAGUCGAGCCAUCCUGUUCGCAUCCCCAUGCCUGCUGGCUACAAGAACUACCUCACCUUGACCGAGAUUACUCAACAACUUGCCAAAUCAGGCGUCACAAAGGGUAUGCCUCUCAAGGAAUCCGACAUACAGCAGCUCGUGGAUGUUUUGAUGUAUGAAAACCGGAUCGAAGAGGUCAAAGUGGGAAAGAGACUCGGGUACCGGACCAUUCGGUCGUCAAAGCUGAACACCACCGCAAACGCCAUGACAUUGGAAGACGACUGUUUAGAGCCACCGAGUAACGGACUAACUACCGCACCGUGUGGGCGCUGCCCCGUGUUUGAGCUUUGCGAGGAAGGCGGACCUGUUUGGGCGGGUGGGUGUGAGUAUUUUGACCAGUGGCUGGUGUGA